AUAAACAGGUGCUCUUACAUUAAGAGUGAAUCACAAACAUCAGGAGAGAUUUAAAAUGCGGAUUGUUAUAAGGGUCGGUGUUUUAGUUUUCUGUCUCACAGUCUACUCUCUAAUGUAUUUAUCAUUUUUUAGACAUCAAGAGGGGUCUAAUGAUAAGAUACAAAGGCCAGAAGAUCUCGAAGUCCUUACAAGACUGAAGAGAAUCGAAAAUCAAGUUUAUAAAAUAGUGGAAUCCAUAGAGGUUAAAAAUGAUCAAGUGAAAGAAUCUCAUGUGGAGCAGAAAACAACAAUGAAAGUUAAGAAGUUGUAUCCACAAUCACAACUCUUCAGUUCGUGGGGAAAUGAACUUUCAGAGGAAGAACAGACACAAGCAGAAAAGCUCUUUCAGAAAUAUGGAUACAAUGUGUUCUUAAGUAACAGAUUACCAUUCAACCGAACAAUCCCUGACACUCGAGAUCACAGGUGUGCUGAGAAGAUCUACCCUAAGGACUUGCCUACCAUCAGUGUGGUUUUGAUUUAUUUAAAUGAGGCUCUGUCAAUCAUACAGAGGGCUGUCUGCAGCAUCAUUGACAGAACGCCGCCUCAUCUACUAAAGGACAUCAUCUUGGUCGAUGACUACAGUUCUAAUGUUGAUCUGCAGUUGGCUCUGGAUGAAUAUAUUGAUCAAAUUAAUAAAGAUAAGCCUGGUUUACUUAAGAAGGUGAGACACACAAGGCAGAUGGGUCUUGCGAAGGCGAGAAUCUCAGGCUGGGAGGCGGCAACAGGCCAAGUGGUAGCCAUUUUGGAUGCCCACAUUGAGGUUCAUGAGCAAUGGGCAGAGCCGCUCCUUGCAAGAAUCAAAGCAAACAGGACAACAGUGUUGUCGCCAGUGUUCGAUAAGGUAAGCUUUGACACCCUGGAUGUUGUUCACUAUCAGCCAUCGGCUCAUGCGUUUGACUGGGCACUUUGGUGCAUGUAUGAAACCUUCCGGCCAGAAUGGUUCAACCUUCAUGACCCAUCAGAACCUGGAAAGAGUCCCUCUGUAAUGGGUAUCCUUGUAGCAGAUCGUCAAUUCUUGGGAGAAAUUGGUGUUUUGGAUGAAGGAAUGGAGAUUUAUGGGGGAGAGAAUGUUGAACUAGGAAUACGUGUCUGGCUUUGUGGUGGGAGUAUUGAAGUGGUGCCGUGUUCCAAGAUAGCACACUUAGAAAGAGCACAUAAGCCUUAUUCACGAGAUCUCAGACCGCACAUGAUUCGAAAUUCCCUAAGAGUGGCUGAAAUAUGGAUGGAUGAAUAUAAAUCAAAUGUGAAUAUUGCCUGGAAUCUACCAUUGAAGGAUCAUGGGAUUGACAUUGGAGAUGUGACGGAGAGAAAAAAGUUACGAGAGAAACUGAAAUGUAAACCCUUUAAAUGGUACCUGGAAAAUGUUUAUCCACAGCUGGACACCUGGGAGAACGUAGUGGGUUAUGGUGCGUUAAAGAACGACUUAAAAGAAGACCUCUGCAUUGAUCAAGGACCUGUACCUGGAAGUGUACCAAUUCUUUAUAGCUGUCACUAUCAUAGUACUCAGCAUUGUCACUACAGACUUAGUGGAGAAAUUUAUGUUGGAGGCAUCAAAUCUCAAAUUUACAAUUCUAACCGGUGUCUAUUGGAUUCUGGCUCUGGAAACACACCAACAUUACUUGACUGUAAAAAAGCCAAAGAGAAAGGACUUCACAUAGAGUGGAGCUUUAUUCAGGGCCAAGAAAUAAGAAAUAAAAAUACAAGCCGAUGUCUUGAGAUUGCACAAGGAGAGGAUUCACUCUACCAUCUUGUUAUCCAAAACUGCACAGGUCAAAAUUGGAAAAUACAAUAUGUUGCCAAGGAAUUUUAAUGAACAAAAUUUGAAACAUACGGUGUCAGAAGAAAUGGUCAAACAUUCCCAAGCUGUCACCCUUUAUAAAGGUUCUAAAAUGAACCAUUUAUAGACAUCUGGUACCAAUAUGCAGUAAUAUAAGCUCUUUAGGUGUAAAGGUGCACUUUUUUAAAAGGGUACUGUCUCAGUGACAGCUAUAGGGACCAUUUUUUAACCAUUUUCUCUUACUGUGUAGGGGCCAAGUGAGAAUUAUUUUUUACUUUUAUUCAUUUAACCUUUGUGUAUUUCUACUCUGUUUUAUGUUGAACAAUACACUGGUGGUUUGCUUAACCAUUACAUUAUAUUUGUUAUAUUUAUCCCUUCAUAUUUCAACUAUUGCUUUAUGGAUCUUAAAAGUACAGAGUUUUUAUAAAUUAUUAUUUUGUAUAGAUUUGAUUGUGUUCAUUUGUUUGUCCUUUAAUACAUUUGUUUAAUUCAUAGUGGUUUAUCACACUGUUACAUGACUUGACUUUAUUAGCUAUGAUUAAUAUCAGACCAUUUUUGUUUAUGUCUCUUAUAAUAAAUAACAGAUACUUUCAAUUAACUCUUUAUCAAACGGUGUAUUGGUAUUGAAUGUUUCUGUUGGGGGUGCCCUGUCAACUCAAACCAUUAAUAAACCCUUAUGCAGCAUGCAUGGUGAUUUUUCUUUUGUACAUAUACAAAGCUCCAAGAUCUAAAAUAAUUUUAAUACCUUUCUUACUGCUGUUU